AUGCUUGGCCUUACCACUGAGCCAAGAGUUGCCUCUACCGAUGAGGGGCCAUCUAAUCUCGUCAGGGAAUCAGGACGUCAUCAGAUUAAUCGGAAACCCGGAAACUCCCCCACCCAACGACACAAGGACUGCCUCUUCGUCUGCUCGUAUAAUUGUCGGACUAUUGCAUCGGAUGCUGAUCUCCGAACACUUCUGCUGAGGAGUCGUCAGAUCAAGUACGAUGUUAUCGCUAUACAAGAAACGAAGGGCAGAACGGAAACCAUUAGGAAAACCGAUCACAACGAGCUGCUUAUUGUUGGAGCCAAGGUGGAUGGCAAGAAUGUCGGCGGAGUUGGAUUUCUCAUAAACCAGGCAGUGGUCCAUCUAGUAGACUCUCACAAAAUCAUCAGUCCACGCAUCGCUGUUCUACGCUUGCUGACCAAAGAUCAAGGAGCCAUAUCCAUUAUCAAUGGAUAUGCACCCACCUCCACCGCCACUGACGAAGAACGCGAAGAAUUUUACCAGCUUCUGGAAGACACGAUUCAGAAUGAGAGAACUUACUACAAAUUAAUGCCUGUUUCAACGGCCCUUGUGCGAGCCGGAGUACCUGCUAUGCCGGAGCCGGCAGGUACAACCGUGAAAUUGGCAGGAGUGCCCUUCUCGAAGAGUGGCCAUUUCCUACGUGUAUCUGGGAAGAGAGCUAAACAUGCUGAACAACAUCUCUGCUGA